AUGUCGAAUAAUGAUAAUUAUCCUACCUAUGAGGAUAUUAGCAGUAGUUCUAUAGGUUUGAUUUAUCCACCACCUGAGCUAAGAGCAAUCAUUGAUAAAACGGCUCAAUUCGUAGCUAAAAAUGGAUCAGAAUUUGAAUCACGUAUAUUGAGUGAACAGAAUAAUUCUAGGUUUGCAUUUUUGUUACAAGGUAAUCCCUAUAAUGCUUAUUACUGCAAGAGAGUGGAGAGCUUCAGAAGUGGAACAGAUCAUGGAGAUUUUGGACCUAUAGUACCCCAAGCAAUAAUAGAUAUGAAGAAAAGAGAAGAGGAGAAACAAAGACAAAAAAAAGAAAUAUUGAUGCUAACAUCUUAUGAAAGUGAUUUAGGCUAUAUAAAUGGGGAUGUUGAAGAACCUAAAGAACCACGACCUAACAAAUAUACAGUUGAAAGUCCUAUUAUAUCAUCAGUAGAUAAUAUUAUUAUCAAAGUAACAGCUAUGUUUGUUGCAAGGAAUGGAAGACAAUUUUUAUUAGGUCUGACCCAAAGAGAAGCUAAUAAUCAACAAUUUGACUUUUUAAAGCCGGGCCAUGCAUUGUUUAGUUAUUUUGCAGACUUAGUUGAGGCAUAUUCACUUUGCCUCAUACCAAAGAAAGAUUUUGUUCAAGAGUUGAAGGAAGACUCUAAAAAUUUACAAAGUAUACUAAAAAGAUGUUAUGAUAGGUAUAGAUGGGAUUAUAAGAGAGAUUAUGAAGAAAGAAAAAAAGCAAAGGUUUUAGAGGAAGAAAGACAACAAAUUGCAGAAAUUAACUGGCACGAAUUUAUAGUAGUUGAGUCUGUAGAUUUUGAGAAGGAGAUAAUGAGAGAAGAACAAGGAAAGGAUGACUUAUCAAAACUACCUCCCCCAAUAGAUUUUUCAAAUUUGGAUAAGAUUAUUAUCCUCCAACCUUUAAGUGAAUUAUCUGAAACUUCACGUAGUGAACUUCUCCAGAUAUAUGAUGUAGAACCCCAAAUAGUAGUAAUUGAAGAAAAACCAGAAGAAAGUGAAUCUCAAGAAGAAAUAGGCUCUAAUAAUAAAGAUUAUUACAAAUUAGAAGAUAAAACAAAGGAAGAUAUUGUUGUACCAGAUAUAUCUAAUAUCAAGAUAAUUAAAGAUUAUGUAAGGAAACCGAAGAGACGAGGGUUCUUUUCAGAUCCCAACAAAGAUUUAUCUAAUACUAAAAGUCAACCUUUAUACCCUUGUCCUAUUACAGGCCAGAUGAUUCCAGCUAGUGAAAUGUCUAAUCACCUUAGAAUUCUUCUUUUAGACCCAAAAUGGAAACAACAAAAGGAUAAUCUUCUUAAAAGAGCCCAACAGGAAUCUGCUUUUACUGCAUCUAGUGAUAUUGAAUCAAACUUGGCAUCAUUUAUAGCUAAGCGUCCUGAUAUAUUUGGACCUCUACAAAAUACUGCAAAAAAUGAUCAUCAAUCUAAUCUACCAUUGUUUAAUGAAUAUCCAACAGGAAAUAUACCGCAACCUUUAUUAAAUGGUCCAAAUAUAUCUUCAUUUCCAACUCAGUCCAUUUCAUUAUUACCAGUUGUUAUGCCGGUUGUAAUUCCUCAACAAGGUACACCUUUAAAUUACACUCCAAUGCCUGUUCAAGCUCCUAAGUUUAUUUAUUCUAAUUAUCAGCAAAGUAAAGAACCUCCAGUAUCAAAGAAAUAUAAAACUGAAGAGCAAAAUUAA